CAGGUCUAUAAAUACUGACUUUAAGACAGCAAAAGGAACUACGCCUUUGCAGGACAUCCCAUCAGACCUCUAACCAGCCUUCAUAACCACAGAUACCAUGGCAGAUGCCAGUUUUCAGCAAGAGUUCCUGAAAGCCCACAACGCCUACAGGGCCAAGCACAACACACUGCCGAUGAGCCUCAGCAGCGAGCUGACCACUUCAGCUCAGAAAUGGGCUGAUCACCUGCUGGAGAUCCGUGAAUUAACACACAGCGGCACUGGAGAGAGCUGCUACUAUGCGUGCAGCUCAGGCCCCAUGAAACUGACAGGAAAAGAAGCUGUGGAUGAUUGGUACAAUGAGAUCAAGGAUUACAACUGGAGCAGCCCUGGAUACAGUGGCAACACAGGUCACUUCACUCAGGUUUUGUGGAAAGGCAGCACGGAAUUGGGCGUGGGGAUGGCCACUGAUGGCCACAAUGUCUAUGUGGUUGGGCAAUACCGACCAGCUGGCAACACAAGGGGGAGUGAAAACUUUGCGGAAAAUGUCCUGCCAUUAGCAUAAAGGCCGUGCAUUUCACAGCUAGGUGGGGUAAAAACCCCGCAGUGGGCAAGGUGGAGAGAGCCCAAGGAAAGCUUUCAUGCUGUGGAGAUGACCGUGACCAUCCCUGCAUCCCCCAACACGCUGUUCCUAAAUGCUACCUUUUGUCAAUCAGUAAAAAAAAACAACAACCAUAAAAUAAAAGAUAUAC